ACCUACGGUAAAUCUGGUGAUUUUUCUUUGAUUUAUUUGUGUUCUGUGAUAAUGUAAGCUGAAGCCAUUCCACUUUGGGACAUUUUCUGUAUUCGCUAUAUGACGGAAAACUGCAGCUGAUGUCUUGGUGCGACUGUUAAGUUUUAAAAGUGAUCCAUUGCUAAUAAUAUUCACGUGGAGUUUACCUGUGCAAUAUUACCCGGCCUUUUUUAUCAGACAAAAACUUAACAGAUAUUGAUAAGCCUUUUUUGUUUUAUGCAUUUUAUGUUUAAUCAGGAACAUCUGCCGUUAUCGGAAUUCAGCAGAGAAAAUUCGAAUGAAUGUUUUAAGUUUUCACAUUUUUAUAAUUUGUUUUGUCUUUCAUCUCAAAACUUUCUAAAAGCAAUACGAUUUCUGUGAUACACUUGUGGAGAACACUUUGGUACAAACACUUGCAGCGGAAUGGACUUCUUUGGUGACACAUAAAUUUUUAAUAUCCAUAUAUAGCUCUGAAUUUCCCAAAUGUUGAUAGACAUACAUAUGGACAGUAUGCCAACUUCCGCUAAACGUUUGUGUCGAGAAGGCAGUUUAGAAACUGACAAAGAAUCAUCGGUUGAUAUUUCUCCAGCUCCCACGCCCGAUUUGGAAGCCGUUCGUCCAAAAACAAGAAAACAUCCCAAAUCGAGUCUUAAAUCAGAACCGGAUACAGACGACAGUCCUGUUUUUACUGAUGACGAAAGCGUUGUAGGAGAUGACGACAAAACGGGAAACCAAGAGGCUUCUUCGGAAGGUCUCGGCAGUCAACCACAGAAGAAGACUGUUGCACAAAUCAUGAGGGACAAAAAGAAGCAGACUGGUAUGACCCUGCAGUGGCUUGAAGAAAACUAUUGUAUUUGUGAAGGGGUAUGUUUACCACGAUGCAUUCUAUACGCACAUUACCUCGACUUCUGCCGCCAAAAGUCGCUAGAACCGGCAUGUGCGGCAACUUUUGGAAAGACUAUCCGUCAGAAAUUUCCACACCUCACAACAAGACGCCUAGGGACUCGAGGACAUUCGAAGUACCAUUACUAUGGCAUUGGUAUUCGGGAAACCAGUCAGUAUUAUCAUUCUGUGUAUACAGGAAAGGGCCUUACGAGGUUCUCUGGUUGUAAACUUAAGAAUGAGGGUGGAUUUACAAGAAAAUAUUCACUCAGUUCAAAGACUGGUACUCUACUCCCAGAAUUCCCCAAUGCUCAGUAUCUCAUAUUACCCCUCUCCAUACCCAGAGAAAAGGUAGAGACAUUUGUAAUGAUGUAUAAGACUCAUUGCCAGUGUAUCCUUGAUACAGCAAUCAACGCCAACUUUGAAGAGAUUCAAAACUUCUUAUUACACUUCUGGCAAGGGCUUCCCGAGCACCUGCUACCUUUGGUAGAAAAUGAAGUGAUCGUGGAUAUCAUAUGUGUUUGUGACAGUAUUUUGUACAAGGUAUUGACAGAGGUCCUCAUUCCUGCAACAAUGCAAGAAAUGCCGGAAACGUUAUUGUGUGAUAUACGCAAUUUCUCCAAACACUGGGAAAACUGGGUAUCUACUUCUUUGGAAAAUCUCCCGGAUGCCCUCUCACAGAGUAAACUUCCGGUGGCGAGGAGAUUCGCACAAUCCAUGAAGAGACAGACUUCAUUUCUUCAUCUUGCCCAGACGGCUCGACCUGUGCUGUACGACGCACAAAUGGUCAAUCAGAUGAUAGCUGACGUGGAUAGCAUUGAUCUGAAUAGUAUAGGUACGCAUGCGCUUCACAAUACCAAUGAUGGUGGAGAAUCCGAUUUGGAACUCAAUGCAGAAUUUUUAAGAGAAUUCAAAGAAAUAUUACGGAAGCAAGCCACAGUGGAGGCGUUCACAGAAUGGUUAGAUAGUGUGGUUGAAAAUAAAGUCAUAAAGCCCAGUAAACAAAAUGGUCGAUCAUUUAAGAAGAGGGCGUCCGCUUUUCUACUGAACUGGUCGUUCUUUGGAGCAAGAGUGAUGCAUAAUUUAACUCUGAACAACGCAAAAGCUUUCGGUUCAUUCCAUUUGAUCCGAAUGCUUCUGGACGAGUAUGUCUUGCUCGCUGUGGAGACGCAAUUACACGUAGAGAAGGAAACGGAAAUCCAGUCCUUGUUAGAAAAACACAUCAAAACAGAUGAUGGCGGUACUCGGCCAGUUCUCUCGUCACAGUCUAGUAGCUGCUUUCUUGCCACAAAGAGAGAAUUGAAUUCCAGGAAUUUUAAUAAUAAUAAUGUAAAGCGUGAGUUUUAUGGACAACAGUCACCAAUAGUCCAUAAUACCUUUAAUCACGAAAAAGAGUCAUCAUUUAACAUGUCCAGUCACAUCAACAAUAUGGCUGUUAUGGCACAGAGUGUUAUAGGGAACCCACAGCCAAAUCGAACAUCACCAAUCAUUUUCAACCCCAUUCCUAGAAACAGUGUAAUAAGCUACCCAGGAUCCUCACAGCCGUCUUUAGUGGCCCCAGCUCCAUUUAGUUACAUUGGACAAGGAGAUUAUCAGGCGGGGUCACCAUACAGUUUUGGGAGCUAUGGACCACAUUACCCGAGUGCCUUCCGAACACACCCUUCUAUGAAUCACUCACCUUAUUCUAACGUGAAAAAUGAUCUGGAAUCCAGUUAUCAUCCGGAAACUCAGUACAGCAGUACAGACUAUUAUAAUCCGAAUUACACUAGUUUGUCUCAACCUACCUUUGCCUCUCCAUCUGUGUAUUGUCAAGGAAGCAGUGCAUUUAAUGUGGUUCCCAGUAACCAAGCAUUCAGUGGUCUUCCUUACUCUGGCUCAGAUUUCUUCAGCAGUAGUUAUAAUCCGCCCUCAAAGCCGCCACAUGUAGAGCACGUGUCGGUGAUUCAGCAGAGGUACCCGGAUGAUCCGUUGAACAUUCUAGACAAACCGAUCCGGCCAAAAGAUGGCACCUACAACACGAGUCCAGCAAGUUGUCACAGUCCACCUCGCCCUGGAGUGCAUCACGACUUCGGCGAUGACAUCAUAAGUAUGGCGGUAAACGGAAUGAUAACUAGUGACCAUGACCUUUCACAGGCGUACAAUGAUCCUGGACCGCUGCCGUCUAUAAACACGGUGUUUAUGACGUAAUCUUUAUCGUUUCUUGGCAUAUCAACUGACUUUAUGGCAAUUUUAAACGAAAAUUGAGGCGCAAUAGAAGUAAUAGUAUAUGUGGUAAUUACACAUUUUUGUGAAUGUGCAAUUAUAUUCGAAAUCCUAGGAAAAAGGGACCCCUAGGGUUAAAGCAUGGUUUUACUAUUUAGAUGAGAUUUAUUCAUUGACAGACAGAAUGACAAAGCUUGUGCAUGUAUAGUUGAACCAAGGGUAUAGUAAAUAGACAAGUUCACUAGUAACUGGAAACAGAUCUGACUUGUAAAUACACAUAUUGAAAUAUUUGUAGUGCUAUAUUUACAAAAUCUUGUUAUAUAUGUCAUUAGGUAUGUACUUAGAAAAGUAAUUCAAGUGCCUAAUGUAGUUUUUGAUGUCAUAUCAAUACUUCUUUCGAGGAAACAAAGAAUCUAUUAGUGUUCAUACGUGCCAUUAUGCUACAAAACCUUUAGCUUCAUUGCAUUCCAUAUUAGUUCAUACAUGUUCCGUUAAAGAACAUAGAUUUUAUUAUUUUUGAUAUGUUGCUUUUAUAAUCACUGCUUACCAAGACUCAUUGAAUGUGCAAUUCACAACGAGCUAAGCCGACCAAAUUAAGCUUGCCUUUUUCAUGUAAACAAGAAAUAAAAACAAACUCUGGUAUGUUUCAUUUCAGUUUCAUGCACAUUUAUUUGCUUUGAUCAAUAUUUAAAAUGAUAUUCGCAAAUUUGUGUAGUAAUUUGGAAUAUUGGAAAAUGGUAUGCAAUAUAUGUUAUUUUGCAAUGUAAUUGGUAGAGAAGGGAGACUAUGUGAUCGUUAGUCUUUAUCUGUUACCCAUACUUGCCAUGAUGUUAUAUUUGUCAAUCAAUGUAACAAUUCAUAUCAACAU